CUCCCUCCCUCUAUCUAAAACUGUCACGCACGACGCAACUCUCUCUCUCUCUAGAAUUGCCAGCACGACGCAACUCUCUCUCUCUUUCUCUCUCUACACUGCGAAUGAGAGGGCGUAUCUACCUCAUCGUCGCAUUUCUUCUUCUCGGAGCUCUGCGCCCAAGCUCCGGCAAUGGCGGCGAGUUCACCGGAGGCUUCGCGAAGCUCUCCGGCAUCAUAAUUCCAGGAUUCGCGUCGACUCAGCUCAGAGCGUGGUCAAUAUUGGACUGUCCUUACUCGCCGCUCGAUUUCAACCCUCUCGAUUUGGUCUGGCUCGACACAACCAAACUUCUUUCUGCUGUGAAUUGCUGGCUUAAGUGUAUGUUGCUAGACCCUUACAAUCAAACUGAUCACCCUGAAUGCAAGUCCCGCCCUGAUAGUGGUCUUUCCGCAAUCACAGAGCUUGAUCCAGGUUACAUAACAGGUCCUCUUUCAUCAGUGUGGAAAGAAUGGAUUAAGUGGUGCGUUGAGUUUGGUAUUGAGGCUAAUGCAAUCAUUGCUGUUCCCUAUGAUUGGAGAUUGUCACCGUCAAAGCUUGAGGAGAGAGACCUUUACUUUCACAAACUAAAGCUGACUUUUGAAACUGCCCUUAAACUUCGUGGUGGCCCCUCAGUAGUGUUUGCCCAUUCACUAGGAAACAAUGUGUUCCGCUACUUUUUAGAGUGGUUGAAGCUAGAAAUUCCACCAAAACAUUAUAUCCGGUGGCUAGAUGAACACAUUCAUGCUUACUUUGCCGUUGGAGCUCCUCUACUUGGUUCAAUUGAGACAAUCGAAGCAACACUCUCUGGAUUUACAUUUGGUCUUCCUGUCUCUGAGGGAACAGCUCGGUUGAUGUUCAAUUCAUUUGGCUCUUCACCAUGGAUGAUGCCAUUUUCAAAGUAUUGUAAGACAGAUAAUGCAUAUUGGAAGCAUUUUUCUAGUGGGAACAAAAAGGGUCAUCAUGUAUACCAUUGUGAUGAACGUGAGUAUCAGUCAAACUAUUCUGGUUGGCCAACAAAUAUAAUCAAUAUCGAAAUUCCGUCAACCCGAGCAGGAGUUGAUGCUUAUCCAUCAUUCCUAGAAGUAGCGGAGACCAACAUGUCUAGCAUGGAAUGGGGAUUCCCAACUCAGUUAUCCUUUUCUGCUCGUGAAGUAUCAGAUGGGACCUUUUUCAAAGCAAUAGAGGAGUAUGAUCCUGAUAUCAAAAGGCUCUUGUACCUAUUAGAGAAUUCGUAUCAUGGCGACCCGGUUCUAAACCCUCUGACUCCUUGGGAGAGACCACCGCUAAAGAACAUCUUUUGUAUAUAUGGAAUAGAUUCGAAAACCGAGGUGGGUUACUAUUUUGCACCAAGUGGCAAACCUUACCCUGAUAACUGGAUCAUAACUGAUAUCAUAUACGAGAUUGAAGGAUCUUUAUAUUCCAGGUCUGGAAAUCUGGUUGAAGGGAACCCAGGAGCAGCAAGUGGCGAUGAGACGGUACCAUACAAUUCCCUCUCUUGGUGCAAGACUUGGCUGGGACCCAAAGUGAACAUAACAAGGGCUCCUCAGUCAGAGCAUGUAGGGUCAGACGUACAGGUGCACCUGAAUGUAGAACAUGAUCAUGAAGCAGAUAUAAUUCCCAACAUGACAAGGUCACCUAGAGUCAAGUACAUAACCUAUUAUGAAGAUUCUGAAAGUCUUCCAGGAAAGAGAACAGCGGUUUGGGAGAUUGAUAAAGCCAAUCACAGGAAUAUUGUUAGAUCCCCAGUUCUGAUGCGGGAACUGUGGCUUGAGAUGUGGCAUGAUGUUCAUCCGGAUGCAAAAUCAAAAUUUGUUACAAAAGCGACACGUGGACCUCUGAGGGAUGAGGACUGCUAUUGGGACUAUGGAAAAGCUCGGUGUGCAUGGCCUGAUUAUUGUGAAUAUAGGUAUCUUUUUGGAGAUGUUCACCUGGGGCAGAGCUGUAGAAUAAAGAACUCAUCAGCCGAUCGCCUCUUGCAUUAUGUAUAGACUAUGAGAACUGUAAGAUCUGUUUUCUAUGGUAUCGGUAUCUCCCCGAAAUUGGUUCCACAUUGUAAAUUCUUGCUGAUUGUCACCAUAGUCAGAGGCAUGUACAAUGAACAUAAAAGUAGAUUUUCACUCCUAGUAGUAAAUCGGCGGCGUUGGUAUCUUCAGAAAAUAUUCACCCAAUGAGUAUGCAAUGUGGAGAAUUUUGCUGCGAACCAAAAAUGUUUCUUUCUUCAAGCAUUGAUGUACUAGGGUGAAUUGUGUACAAACAGUGAACUCAAGAUUACUUGAUCCUGUUGAAGUUCAGUGUAAGGGGAGUUUUUGGACAUCUUAAUGAAAAUUUUGGUAUUAUCUAGCAUAUGAAAUUUGUUGCACUCACUGGUGGAAGCAUUUAGAGAGAAUAUAUUGUCGUAUCAUAUAAAAAAAAUUACAAGCAGACUUACGUAGGUUUCAGUUAA